AUGGAACGGUUGGUACCUCCUCGUGGUGAGGUACGGUCGCGGCCGUCUCUGUGGGCUGCAGGAGGCCGCACAGCAGAGCAAAUAGAACCUUUUAUCGCGGACCUUUUCAGCCGCCUUCAGUCGUUCUUUAGCGAGACGGCCGGCGCAGCGGCGCGGGCCGGCGGUCUCUACGACCACCGCUACAGCCGCGAAAAUGAAAAACCACCGCAUCAUGAGCACAUCACUAUCCACUACAUCACUAUUUGA